AUGGCGAAGCUUCCUUGGGAGCAUACGCCCCCUUACCCCCAACUGGAUCUCAACAAAGCUCAAGAACAAGGACUCUUGACUCUGCCACAUGGCAUCCAGAUCUGGCAUGCCAUCUUUGGUGUACCUCUGAAAGAAACACUAGCCGCGGGAACUCUACGCGUGGUUCUUCUGACCGGAGGCAUCAGCCAUAGUGGCCAUUAUGGGUAUCAAGUGGAUCAUUUGAGCCCCAAGCAUACGGUCAUCUGUUUUGAUCAUCGGGGUCAUGGGCGGACUCCUUUGGGGGACGACACGUGGAUCACUUAUGAUAAGUUGACCACGGACUUGCUGGCUCUUCUCGAUGUCUACCAGAUUCCCAAAGCUGCGCUUGUAUCCCGAGUUGACCGGAUUUUCGCUUUUGGAGGCAUCGAUGACUGCGACAAAAAUGAAGGUGACGCCAUCGACGAGCUAGACAGCCUCAAAGAGUAUUUCAACAUGUCUCAAAAGGAAUGGCUGAAGCUGAACCCUGGUCAAGACGACAACAACAACUUUAUGCCCUAUUACAAACUUUGGAAGCGAGAGCCAAAAUGGACUUCGGAAACUUUCAAAGACGUGCCCGUCCGUGGAGAAGACAACGAGCUCCUAUAG